UGGGAGGGGGGGGGGGGUAUUUGUUGGAUUGUUCCUUUUUGCUUCUUCAUCAUCAUCCUCAUAGAGAAAACAGAGAAGACCAAUACCAUGAUUUUUUUUCUUUUCUUUCUUUCUUUUCAUUUCUUCUAUGAAGGCACACUCACGAUAUAUACCCAACUAGAAAGAAAAAUCGAAGAGGAAGAGAGGUUGAAAUAGGGAGAUCGAGGAAGAGGACGAGAACAAGAAUUCACUGAGUUGCUUAUUUUUUAGGUGAACUUUUUUGCCGGAGGUCCGUCCAGUGUGUCGACUUAUCUGACCCAUCUCGAAAUCAGGGAAAUCUCAUCGUUUUCUUACAGGCUCCGAAGUGAAUCUGGCCUAGAAACAUCAGAACGUGUUAGCGUCGUCUUAACCCGCUGUUUCAGCCAUCAUCAGAGCUCAUCGGAGCUCACCGGAGCUCGGUAUACAUCAAGUUUCAAUUUUCUAUUGGGUCGUUGGGAUUUUGGGUUCAUCUUUUAUUUUGUUCAUCGUCGAUAUCAGAUUUCGAUUGGUUUCAUGGUCAAUCGGGUCCUCGUUCGUGAUUUAAAUCCUGUGUUGGGAGUUCAUACUCGCUGGUCCCGAAGCUACUUGGCUAUUAUUCUAAUAUCGAGUUCGGAGCUUAUUCGUCGUUGAGGUGCUAUCGAGGAUUCCAAACUCGGAUUUUCUUAACUCAUAUUAUCAACGAAAUUCAAUAUCGGAAGGAUGGAUCUGUCCACAAAGUCCAAAGUCUGAAUGGUUGGCAAGGUGCCCAAAAAGUUAAUCAAAUGGUGGGGCACAUUUAACUACGUCGAGCAACAGGGGUUGGCAAAGAAGUUAGGAACUCUUACUUCCCUCCUAGAUAUUACGCCCCGCCCAGACCUGAUCGAGGCUAUAUCGACUUUUUGGGAUCCAAGUUGUUUGGUGUUUAGGUUUGGAAAUUUUGAAAUGACGCCUACUCUGGCAGAUGUAUCUGGUUUCUUUAAGUUGCCUUGCAUUAAGAAAAUAAUGAUUUGGGCACGGACUUAUUCUCCCACACGGUUUCUUCAUGGUUAUGGUUUAAAGUCCAAUAAACACUUGACGUGUCUUAACCAAUCUUGGGUCUUCUUUGAUUAUUUGUAUUCUCGAUUUGAGCCUUCAGACGGUUUUGAUUGCUUUUGGGAUGAGUUCUAUACAACCAAGGAGAAUUGGGAGAAACGUUGUCUAGAAGUCUUCGCUCUCGCCUUGUUGGGAAUUUUGGUCUUCCCAUUAGAAGAAAGACGGGUUAAUACUCACUUUCAGACUGUAGUGAUGGCCUUAUUUCAUAAAAAUCUAGGGGAAACAUUCACACUCGUACCUAUGAUCUUGGCAGAAAUAUAUAAAGGUUUAACUGAGGUUAAGGGCGGGAUAAGAUUCUUAGAGGGAAGCAACCUGAUAUUGCAAUUGUGGAUGAUGGAGCACUUGCAUGAGCCUUCUUUGAUUAGGUUGGAUGUGAUUGAUCGUUGUAUGCCUGAGCAAGUGAAUGCCAUGAAUCAGAGAAUGCAUUUUGAUAAGUUCUCGCUGCCGAUAGGGAUUAAUGCUUAGACUGAAUUUCUUGAGUCAAGAACUGAAGACAACAUUCUGUGGACCUAUAUCUGGUUUUGUCCAAAAAUAAUCUUGUGUGGUUGUCGGAUGCAACCUCUUUUAGUCUUGUUAUGAAUCAAUUGCACCAGAUCGUACUCUUCUUUUAGGGUAAUGUUCCAGUUGGGUAGACUGCAGGAUGUUCCACCGGUAAUGGACCUUCUGAAGGAUGUAGAGCAUUUUAAGGAUCAAGCCUUAGGAGAAAGUAAAUACGAAGAAUUCUGAAAUCACACAAUAAAGCUAGGUGUGGAUACUCUCAAAGUAGGUCUGGAUAAUCCAGGGUACACUCAAAGAUAUGAUAUCUGGCUGCAAACCAUACCUCGGGGUAUUAGUAGGCCAUUGCCCUUGCAACUUAGAGGAAGAAUACAUGAAGAAUGCAUUAUCGAUGACAGUCAGGAUGAAAGUGCGGGGCUCAAAGUGGAGACACUGAGAGUUCAGUUAUCAGAUUUGCUCAAGACUAUAGAAAGGUUUCGGAACAAUCUCUCCAGGUGCACUCUCCAUGAGGUGGGGAUACGUGCCAGAAAUUUCUUCCUAAAUAUCAGGGUAUCUUUGCAGGAUAUGCUACAGAGUUUGAAUGGGAGAAGAAGAACUUCACAGACAGGUCCAUCUCAGCCCAGGUCAUCCCACAGCGCACCAAUGUGAAGGGGCAACUCUUAUCUUUUAUUUAGUUUGAGUUCUUUAUUUUUCUGUCCUUGUAUUAUUGUGUCUCUGUUCAGUCGGGGUCAAGUUUGUUUUAAACGUUAAGAGUCUUUACUAGGAGUAUUACACAUGUUAUCUUAUGGGUCUAGAAUGUUGUUUAGUCUUUGUUGAUCAAUUUUUAAGCUUUCUUAAACUCGAAGUUUGUUUUAAUUGUCUCUUUUAUGAAAUGUAGUGAAGUUGCACAAUUGUUUCCUUUUGUGUGUUCUUUCUAAAAAAAAAAAAUCUUCAACUUUGUGGUGUUUAUGCAAGCAUUGCCCGAACUA